AUGACUUUCGCCAGCCUCGCCGCCAGCCUAGCCGCCAGCCUGGCCGCCAGUCUCGGAGCCUGGCCGUCAGUUUCGGAGCCUCGCCGCCAGUAUAGCCGCCAGCCUAGCCGCACGCCUAGCCGCCAGCCUAGCCGCCAGCCUGGCCGCCAGUCUCGGAGCCCCACCACCAGUCUAGCCGCCAGCCUGGCCGCCAGUCUAGCCGCCAGCCUGGCCGCCAGUCUCGGAGCCUGGCCGUCAGUUUCGGAGCCAGGCCGCCAGUCUCGGAGCCUGGCCGACAGUUUCGGAGCCUCGCCACCAGUCUCGGAGCCUGGGCGCCAGUCUCGGAGCCUGGCCGUCAGUUUUGGAGCCUCGCCGCCAGUCUCGGAGCCUGGCCGUCAGUUUCGGAGCCUGGCCGUCAGUUUCGGAGCCUGGCCGUCAGUUUCGGAGCCUCGCCGUCAGUUUCGGAGCCUCGCCGCCAGUCUCGGAGCCUGGCCGUCAGUUUCGGAGCCUCGCCGCCAGGCAAGCCGCCAGCCUGGCCGCACGCCUAGCCGCCAGCCUGGCCACCAGUCUUGGAGCCCCGCCACGAGUCUAGCCGCCAGCCUGUCCGCCAGUCUAGCCGCCAGCCUGGCCGCCAGUCUCGGAGCCUGGCCGUCAGUUUCGGAGCCUGGCCGUCAGUUUCGGAGCCUGGCCGUCAGUAUAGCCGCCAGCCUGGCCGCCAGCCUAGCCGCCAGCCUAGCCGCCAGCCUGGCCGCCAGUCUCGGAGCCCCGCCACCAGUCUAG